AUGCCCUUGACAAAAGAGCAGCUCGACCGGGCCCUCGAGCACAUCGAGUACCCCCAGUCCAAGCACGCCGCCGAUGCGCUGCGCCGCCUCCGGCAGCUGAUGCUCCGUCACAUUGCGCGCGUACCUUUUGAAAACGUCGGCAUCCACUACAACCCGACGCAUCGGCUGUCGCUGGAGCUCGACGACUUGUUUGACAAGAUUGUGGUGCGCAGCAAGGGCGGCUACUGCGUCGAGCUCAAUGCCUUUUUCGCCGCCAUUUUGCGUGGCCUCGGAUACACGGUGCUGACUGUCGGCGGACGCGUGCGUGCCGGAAAUGAAAAGUACACUGGAUGGACUCACAUGUGUCUCAUUGUCACGAUAGACGGCACUAAAUACGUCGUCGACGUCGGCUACGGUGGCGAUGCCGCCAUGCAGCCCAUCCCGCUCAUCUCAGGCACUGAAUUCACAAUACUAGCCCCGCGCCGCGGCAAGCUCGAGUACCGGAGCAUUGACCAGCACACGGACCCGACGCAGCGGCUAUGGGUGUACUCGACCCAAGACUCCCUCUCUUCCUCCUCCGACACCACCACCUCCACCACCACCACCGCGCCCUGGGUCGAGCAGUACUGCUUCGUCGAGAUUGAGCACUUUGCCGCCGACUACAACCAGAUGAACUACUUUACCAGCACCAACCCCGGUAGUUUCUUCCUCCCGCACCUGCUCGCCAUGCGCGUGCUCCUCGAGGACGACCCGGAGACGCCGGGCGACGUGCGGCUCGCAGGGCUCCUGACGUAUUUUAGGCAAGAGGUGCGUCGCAGGCUCGAGGGUAGCAUGGAGAGGCAGGUGCUGGAAAAGGUGACGACAGAGGCGGAGAGGAUCGCGGCGCUGGACAAGUGGUUCAGGAUACCGCUGACCGAGGCGGACCGGCAAAGCAUAUUUGAUACAGGGCUGGCGCUUGAUAAGAAACCAGAGUAA